GGACAGAGGGCCCACCCCCGGGCCACCCCCUCCACCACACCAUGCCACCGCCCUGCCCAGGCAGCCCUUGGGCACAGGAAAGGCUGGGAGACCUAAGGAGAAGGCCAUGGAGCUGAGGGGAGAGGGCUACAGAGCUGAAGAAAAAUGCAGAGAAACAGCAAGACAGCCAUCAAGAGCCACAGAGGUGGACCAAGGUCCACAACCCCCACAAGGACAAGGACAAGCCCAGAGGCAAGAAAGGCAUCAAGACAAGGGAGCAGACCACAGACAUAAGCUAAGGACCUCAGAGACAAGGCCAGCUCGCGGACUCAGAGCCCACAGGAAGAUGGAGAGAGGCCCAUGGGAACAGAAAGCACGCCUUGGGCACAGGGAGCGGUCCAUGGUAACAGAAAACCAUGGACAGGAGGAGAGACCCACAGACAGGGGAACAAGGCAGUAGAUCACAGAGACAGGGAGGGGGGCCAAGGAAAGUGGGAGAGGGUCCUGGAAAUGAGGGGAGGCCCACAGACACCAGGAAACCCACAAGGGUAGAAUGUGGACACUAAGGGCCCACUGAGGCAGGAGCAGCCUGCCCAUGGAGAGAAAGGAGAAGCCCCCAGAAACAGAAGUAGCCCCCAUGGAGGCGAAGGGAUGGGAGCCCAGGGUCUUGCCGCCAUCAUGACUGAGGAGUCAGAAGAAACGGUCCUGUACAUUGAGCACCGCUAUGUCUGUUCUGAGUGCAACCAGCUCUAUGGAUCCCUGGAGGAGGUGCUCAUGCAUCAGAACUCCCAUGUGCCCCAGCAGCACUUUGAGUUGGUGGGUGUGGCCGACCCUGGAGUCACUGUGGCCACAGAGGCAGCUUCUGGCACCGGCCUCUAUCAGACCCUGGUGCAGGAGAGCCAGUACCAGUGCCUGGAGUGUGGGCAGCUGUUGAUGUCACCCAGCCAGCUCCUGGAGCAUCAGGAGCUACACCUGAAGAUGAUGGCACCCCAGGAGGCAGUGCCCGCUGAGCCACCACCCAAGGCGCCCCCCCUGAGCUCCAGUACUAUCCACUAUGAGUGUGUGGAUUGCAAGGCUCUCUUUGCCAGCCAGGAGCUCUGGCUGAGCCACCGGCAGACGCACCUCCCCACUCCCACUAAGCCUCCAGCUCCAGUUGUCCUGGGGUCCCCAGUUGUCCUGGGGUCCCCUGUGGGCCAGGCCCGUGUGGCUGUGGAGCACUCGUACCGCAAGGCAGAGGAAGGUGGGGAAGGGGCAGCUGUACCCUCUGCUGCUGCCACCACCACUGAGGUGGUGACUGAGGUGGAGCUGCUUCUCUACAAGUGUUCUGAGUGUUCCCAGCUCUUCCAGCUGCCAGCUGACUUCCUGGAGCACCAGGCCACCCACUUCCCUGCUCCUGCCCCAGAGUCUGAGGAGCCUGCCUUGCAGCAGCAGGAGACUCUGACCCCAUCACCUGCAGACGUGCCUGGGUCUCAGCCUGAUCCCCUGCCGUCCUCUGACCACAGUUAUGAGCUGCGCAAUGGUGAAGCCGUCGGGCGCGAUCGCAGGGGGCGCAAGGCGCGGAGGAACAACAGUGGAGAGCCAGGCGGAGCAGCCACCCAGGAGCUCUUUUGCUCAGCCUGUGACCAGCUCUUUCUUUCCCCUCACCAGCUACAGCAGCACCUGCGGAGUCACCGAGAGGGUGUCUUUAAGUGCCCCCUGUGUAGUCGUGUCUUCCCCAGCCCUUCCAGUCUGGACCAGCACCUUGGAGACCACAGCAGUGAGUCUCACUUCCUGUGUGUGGACUGUGGCCUGGCCUUUGGCACAGAGGCCCUCCUCCUGGCCCAUCGGCGAGCCCACACCCCAAACCCUCUGCAUUCGUGUCCCUGUGGAAAGACCUUUGUCAACCUUACCAAGUUCCUUUAUCACCGGCGUACCCAUGGGGUUGGGGGUGUCCCUCUGCCCACAACACCAGUCCCACCAGAGGAGCCUGUCGUCGGCUUCCCAGAGCCAGCUCCGGCAGAGACUGGAGAGCCAGAGGCCCCAGAGCCCCCUGCUGCUGAGGAGAGCUCGGCAGGGCCCGCCACCCCAGGCACCUACCGCUGCCUCCUGUGCAGCCGUGAAUUUGGCAAGGCGUUGCAGCUGACCCGGCACCAGCGUUUUGUGCACCGACUGGAACGCCGCCAUAAGUGUGGCAUUUGUGGCAAGAUGUUCAAGAAGAAGUCUCAUGUGCGGAACCACCUGCGCACGCACACAGGUGAACGGCCCUUCCCCUGCCCAGACUGCUCCAAGCCCUUCAACUCACCUGCCAACCUGGCCCGCCACCGGCUCACGCACACAGGGGAGCGGCCCUACCGGUGUGGGGACUGCGGCAAGGCCUUCACACAGAGCUCCACGCUGAGGCAGCACCGCCUGGUGCACGCCCAGCACUUCCCCUACCGCUGCCAGGAGUGCGGCGUGCGUUUUCACCGCCCCUACCGCCUACUCAUGCACCGCUAUCACCACACGGGCGUACCCUACAAGUGUCGCGAGUGCCCCCGCUCCUUCUUGCUGCGCCGGCUGCUGGAGGUGCACCAGCUCGUGGCCCAUGCCGGGCGCCAGCCUCACCGCUGCUCCUCCUGUGGUGCUGCUUUCCCUUCCUCACUGCGGCUCCGUGAGCACCGCUGUGCGGCUGCUGCUGCCCAGGCCCCACGGCGCUUUGAGUGUGGCACCUGUGGCAAGAAAGUGGGCUCGGCUGCUCGGCUGCAGGCACAUGAGGCCGCCCAUGCAGCUGCUGGGCCUGGAGAGGUCCUGGCUAAGGAGCCCCCAGCCCCUCGGGCCCCGCGGGCUGCUCGCGCACCAGUCGCAUCCCCGACAACCCUUGGAGGCACGGCCACUGCAGCCCCUGCGGCCCCUGCCCGACGCCGGGGCCUGGAGUGCAGCGAGUGCAAGAAGCUCUUCAGCACAGAGACGUCGCUGCAGGUACACCGGCGCAUCCACACAGGCGAGCGGCCGUACCCAUGUCCAGACUGUGGCAAGGCCUUCCGCCAGAGUACCCACCUGAAGGACCACCGGCGUCUGCACACCGGGGAGCGGCCAUUUGCCUGUGAAGUGUGUGGCAAGGCCUUUGCCAUCUCUAUGCGCCUGGCAGAACAUCGCCGCAUUCACACGGGCGAACGGCCCUACUCUUGUCCCGACUGUGGCAAGAGCUACCGCUCCUUCUCCAACCUAUGGAAGCACCGCAAGACCCACCAGCAGCAGCAUCAGGCAGCUGUGCGGCAGCAGCUGGCAGAGGCAGAGGCUGCUGUCGGCCUGGCUGUGAUGGAGACUGCAGUGGAGGCUCUGCCCCUAGUGGAGGCCAUUGAGAUCUACCCGCUGGCUGAGGCUGAGGGGGUCCAGAUCAGCGGCUGACCCUGCCCUGUUUCUCUCUUCAGCACCACUAGGUCUGGUUGCUGAAGAACCUUCUCCAGCAUCCCUUAACUCCCUGUACAUACUGUGCCCCUUCUCCACCCCUCCCAACUGCCAUAUAAGUUCUGUAACUGGAUUUAUUCUCACUUCUGAGGGGGGUGCUCCGGAGUCCUUGAAAUGCAUAAAGAUGCCCCCCUCCCACCUGUUAGCACUGGUGGCCCCAGGGUGAAAGAGUCAAUAAAGACUGAGUUGGACAUUUA